CUAUUCCUACCACUGAUACCAAUGAUGGGGCACACUAUUCCUCCCACUGAUCACAAUGAUGGGGAACUAUUCCUCCCACUGACACCAAUGAUGGGUCACUAUUCCUCCCACACUGACACCAAUGAUGGGGGCACUAUUCCUCCCAUUCACCAAUGAGGGGGCACACUAUUCCUCCCACUGACACCGAUGAAGGGGUACUAUUCCUCCCAAGACACUAAAGAUGAUGAGGGCACUAUUCCUCCCAUUGACACCAGUGAUGGGGCACUAUUCCUCCCACUGUCACCAAUGUUUGGGCACUAUUCCUCCCACUGUCGCCAAUGACGGGGCACUGUUCCUCCCACUGUCGCCAAUGACGGGGCACUGUCCUCCCACUGUCGCCAAUGACGGGGCACUGUUCCUCCCACUGUCGCCAAUGACGGGGCACUGUUCCUCCCACUGUCGCCAAGUGACGGGGCACUGUUCCUCCCACUGUCGCCAAUGACGGGGCAC